AUGAGCGGCAUUGAGCAGACGUUCCCCUGCGGUAAGUGGCUGGAUGAGGAUGAGGGCGACGGACUGAUCGAGAGGGAGCUCUACGAGAUGGUGUCCCUCAGGCAGAAGAAACUUAAGAAGUUCCCCUGGACCCUGUGGAUCUGGACCUCGGACGUGAAGGGGGCCGGGACUGACGCCCAGGUCUUCCUGCAGAUUUACGGAGAGAAGGGCAAGUCAGACGAAAUGAGACUGGAGAGCAAAUCAGACAGCUUUGAGCAGGGUCAGCUGGAUAAAUUCAUGAUUGAGAUGCCAGACAUUGGAAAACUGACAAAACUCCGUAUCUGGCACGAGAAGAGACAUCCUUUUGCUGGCUGGCACUUUGCGCGGGCCACGGUGAUGAAGACUCUGACGAGGGAGAAGUACUCAUUUAACUGUGGCCGCUGGCUGGACAUCAACGAGGACGACAAUGAGAUCAUCAGAGAGCUUCCAGCCACCAGUGCUCUCAUCCCCGAGCCCCUACCAUUGGUGAAGUAUCGCAUCACCAUCUGCACGGGAAGGGUGAGCGGUGGUGGCACCGACGCCAGCGUGUUCGCCAACGUCAUCGGGGAGCUGGGCGACACCGGGGAUCGACUCAUGCUCCUCAGCAAAAACAAUGUCAACAAGUUCGAGAAGGGCAACGCGGACGAGUUCCUGAUUGAGGCAGUGUUUUUGGGGCCGAUCCGCAGGGUGCGUGUCGGCCAUGAUGGGCGGGGCGGAGGCUGCGGCUGGUUCCUGGAUAAGGUGAUGGUCAGGGAGGAGGGCCAACCAGAGUCUACAGCCAUUGAGUUCCCCUGUUACAGGUGGUUGGACCGAAAUGAGGACGAUGGGCAGAUUGUCCGUGAGUUAGUGCCGGAUGGGGACGGUCUACGUCUCCACAAUGUCAACUACCAAAUCUCGAUAAAGACGGGCAGCAUCAACGGGGCCAGCUCGGAUUCUAAGGUGUUCGUCAAAUUGUACGGGGAGAAGGGUGACACUACGAGAAUGCUGCUGAUGGUCUCUGACAACGAUCUACGGAACUAUUUUGAGACCGGGCGAACCGAUGUCUUCAGCAUUGAGACUUGUGACAUAGGACAAAUCCACCGCCUGCUGAUUGGCCAUACAAAUGAGGGUCUGCGUGCUGGCUGGUUCCUGGAUAGUGUCCAGAUCACUGUGCCAGUCCACGGGAAGCAGUACAUGUUCCCCAGUCACCGCUGGCUCUGUAAGGACGAGGCUGAUGGAAAGGUGGAGGUGGAGAUCUACCCCAGCGAGACCCUGGACAUCGAGAAAUUGAUUAACUAUGAGAUCACAGUGAUCACGGGCGACAUGCGCAAUGGAGGCACAAAUGCGAACGUCUUCUGUCAGAUCUAUGGAGACGAGGGGAAGACCGAGCUCAUCGACCUCAGGAACCGAUCCAACAACUUUGAGCGCGGGGUGACAGAGAUCUUUAAGAUCGACGCACUAAAUGUGGGUAAAUUGUUCAAGAUCCGCAUCGGACACGAUGGAUCGGGCCUGGGGGAUGGGUGGUUCCUGGAAUCAGUGAACAUCAAGAGGCUCACUAUGGCCAUGGUGCAGAGGGAGGUGGUGAAGGACAAGCCAAAGGAUGAUAAGAAAGACAAGAAGAAG